UUUAUUCUGAAAUAAAAAUUUAUUUAUACCUAACCAUUUACACUUAAGUAAACCUUUAUACCUGAACAAAACAGAAGAAAAGCGACCGAUUAAAAGCGUAGCGAACUGGAUUAAUGAAUUACAACAAGUGAAUGAAAACAAUGAUUAAACCUAAAAGCUUUUAUACUAUACAUAUUUCUAAUUUUACAAAAAUUUUAAAGUUAAUCACUCAAUGCACCAAAUAUAUAGACUACUCCAAUUAACAUCCUAUCAACAACAAAAUCACUUAUUUAUUCCCAUUACUUUUCCAUUUUUAAAUAUUUUUUUAUUUUUUAUAUUUUCCUUAAAAAUCACACUAACAUCAUCAGCCACCCUAACCGAACCCCUUUCGGUAGUAAAACAAGGCCUUUUAUUAUCAGAAAUGGCCUCAGCAUCAUCUGCUAUAGCUGAUAAUAAAAAUGUUUUUUAUGUAGACACCUCUAUACCGCCAAUUUUGGAUGACGGGCCCUUUCGGUUUUGGCAUGAAAAAAGAAUGAUAAGGUGUAUUUUUUGCAUAAAUUACGAUGAUUACAACAAUUUGAGUACUUUUGGUUGUGAAUUGGGGGAACAAAGGGUGCAGACCUGUUUGGGCAACUUUUGUUAUAUGCGUAGCACCUGGGCCUCGGGGCGGGAGUGUCGGGCUUCAUGGUUUGCUGGGGUAAAGCCUUCGGGGUUCGGAUUGGGGUUUUUGCCUAAAAAUUCGUUGGGGUUUCGGGGGACGGAGCACUACCCUAGUUAGUAUUUAGAGCCCGGACUGGGUUCUAGAUGGAUUAAGGGAGAUAUAGGAGAUUAAGGGUGAUAUUGGAGAUGGUCGUGAUUAAGAAUGAUAAUGGAGAUAUAGAGAGAGAUUAAGGAGAGAUAUCAAGGGAAAAUUCUCAUUAUUGAAUACCGUAUUACCUGUAAAAUAGCUCCUCCCUCUAAAAUACCCCCCCCCCCUUCCUUCUAAA